GUGCUGGAAAGGCGAAGCGAGCCUAUUCUGCUCUAUACUUUUUGCUCAGCGACAUAACUUGGCCCCGGUUAUGGUCGCUGAAAUUUGACUCAACGAUGCCCCUCGUCAUGCAAAGGUGGCGCGGGGUGGCCAUUCUGGGGCGAAACAGCUAGCGCCCGCCCCCGCCCCUGCUUAUGUCUAAGGUCAUUGGAAACAAAGAAAAAAGGAUGCCCGCAGAGUUCCCGGCCGUGGGGCCCAAGUAUAUAAGGCCAGCGCGUGCAAACAGCGUGUCACUUGGGAAUACCAGCACCUAGGAGGAGACAUGAUCGCAAAGGUGGCAACCAUCCUGAGCCUAGCGGCAAUGGCUGCAGCCGGGGCCAUAGCGCCGCACGGAGGAUUUAGUACAACCCACAGGAAGCAAGAUGACUUCGGACGUUACAGCUUCGGCUACAACGUGGUGAACGGCCUGGGAGCCAGGAACAGCCGCUACGAGACCGGCGUGGCGUAUGGCCCCGUAGUGGGCAGCUACAGCCUCGCCGACAUCGAUGGCCGCGGCCGUCGCGUCGAUUACGUGGCCGACAAACUGGGCUUCCGCGCUGUGGUGCGCACUAACGAGCCUGGCACCAAGACGAGCCUGGCCGCCGCAGCUCCUUAUGUGUCCGCCAAGGGACCCAUAGUGCCUUCGGCCGGAUUCGGUGGAGGAUACUUCCCGUUCGCUGGUGGCUACGGAGGCUACGGGGGCUACGGGGGCUUCUACGGCUGAGUCGCUCGCCUUAGUCGCCUAGAGAUACUCUGUCUACGCUUGCGCUGGUGCGUAUCUAUGAGUACGCAUGGCAACCUUUGUAGAUGUAGCAUGGAUGUGGCGCCGAACGUUAAAAUAGCAAACACUUCUACGUCGCUCACCCCUCUUUCAACACUACGAAAGGUUUCCUUUUAGGGUUUGCUAGAGGGCUGUUCGGGUUGGUUUGCAGAAAAUGUUGUUUCGAUAGUUUAUUGGUGGAAUAAUGUUGAGGGGUCAAGGUUCAGACAUUUCUCGAGGCAUAACAGCACGGAGUAAAUACAGCUACGUAGUGAGUAUGCGUAAGCACUACAUCCGAAGGGACGCUAUCUGCUCGAUGAAGGUGUCUCGUCCAGUUUAUGCAACCAGCGAACCUGAUUUCUUCAUCGUUAAACAAAGACUUCCGCGUAACACAGAGUUCUUUUCUUGCACGUGCGCGUUCUGCCAACCACUGUCUAAUGAGGAGAUUAUACCAGAGGGACGAAGGCACGUUUAUUUCGGAGAACGCCUCUGGCAGCCGGUGGUUUUCAUGCAUAGAGGCGUUGAAAGGCGUCUUACAUAGUAAGCUGGGCAUCACGGUUAAUAAGGGUACUUUUUUCCCUUCUGGGUGAAACAAAAUUAAAAUGAACAAGGAGUAGAGAAUUUUGCUGAUCCUUAGUGCCAGUAAGAGUGUACAACGCUUCGUGUUCCAGUUCUAACGAAGUCACCUUCCCUUUCU